AUGAGAAAAGAUUUGCCAUCGUUAAAUGAAAUGCUUUUCUUUAACGUAUCAGUUAUUGGGGAUAACGAAGAAGUAACAUUAGCUCAAUUGCAUCUACAUAGAAGAAGACUUACAAAAACGCACGUUAACUAUCAUAAAAAAUUUUUACCAUCACCCUAUCGCGUUAUACUCUAUCAAAUUCAACCAGAUUACAGGCGUAAAAUAUUUAACGAAGAUGCAAAAACAAUGAAAUUGGCUUCCCUACCCGUAUCGCAUUUGACAAAAGGGGGUUGGCACACUUUGGAUGUGACACCGAUAAUUCGGGAAUUGCUUAUAAAUGCUCAGGGACCCGUGGAACUACUACUCGGUGUUCAAUUCGAAGCUCCCAAAAGACUGGACAAGACGACGUAUUCACCGCUUGUGCCCCUCAAACAUUUUCUUAAAAAUCCAACGGUUAACACACCCGAACAUCCAUUUAAAACAUUUUCCUAUUUGGUCGUUUUCUCCGAAGCCGAUCCUUUUUUCGAUGAUUUCGACGACGAAGACGACGUACAUUUGACGAGUAACAUAAUACCCACAUCUCCGCCAAAUGAUUUUAAAGAAAGGCAUUUAAAACACAAAUUAUCAAACGAUAACAACAGAGAUAAUAAUAAUAAUAAUAAUAAUUCGAAUGGUAAAAAAAUAUCAUCAUCACACAAAGAAGGGAAAAAAAUUAAAAAUCAAUGGAAGUAUAAAAAAAUUGAAAACGAAGUUUAUAAAAUAGAAAAAAACGACGUGAUCAGACACAAAAACAAGCACAAAGGAAACGAAGUGAGGAGGUCAAAAGCGGACGAGCUGGCACUCAAGGAGAAGACAAAGUUGAAAUCGCUACCAUUCUUGCACGCAAACGAAGUCGAAAAGAUCAGGCAGACUUCUAGAAGGUUGACGAGGUCUUCCAUGGUUCACCGUCGUGAGCCUAAAACAACGUCCGAGUUAAUUAGUCCGGUAAAGAAUCCAAGUUUAUUGCGACUAGGAGAAAAAAUAUUAUAA